UGUGUAUGUACAUAUGUAGGUCAAGAAAUUCUUUUCUACUAUCUACAUAUGUAUGUAUAUACAUAUAACGUCUCCGAUACCUGUGAUGUCGUUUCGUGAUUGCCAAUAUGAAAAGGCAGGCGUCCUAACAACGCCUUUGCAGUAUAACCAGGCCGGUCAAAGCGUUGUUUGAGGUUUAAGGUGUCUUAAGAAUGACAGACGUGAAAUUCUCGAUUGUACUACCUUAUAAUUCAGAUGAAUCAAUUAGACUAACUAAAUUGGCCAUUCGAGGCAGUUUACUGCCAGAUCCUCAGGAAUUCUCCAUUAAUUUUGUGAACAGCCUCAAUUGCACAGAUAAUUUAACUUAUCAUCUUAAAGUUAAGGUGCCCACACAAACAAUUGUCGAAAACUACAAACUGAAUGGCGAGUGGAGCAACUCACAUCGGGAAAAAUAUUUAAAUAUCUUCGAUGAAUUCUCAUUUUCACUUGAGUUUCAAUUCGACUAUGAUAACUCUACCAUUAAUGUAUACCAGGUGUGGGGGCAGGGCCAUAACUUUGUUACAAAAUUCGAAACAUUAUUCGCCCUCUCCGAGAUACAGUCAACUCAAGUGUGGGGUGAUGUUCGAAAAAUUGAAGCAUUUGAAUUAAGCUAUGAUUGAGAGCAAAAACCGUAAUAGCACUAAUCAUAAGGUUAUAUACUAGUAUAGUAGUGUAAUAUUCAACAUUUUUAACAUAUUUUUUCUUUUGCAAGGUAUACUACUCUUAGCACUUAACCCAAAAAAAAAAAAACACAAGAGUUAUGAAUUAUUUGUAUGAAAAAUUAAAAAUUCAAUAUUUAUCGAAAAGAGAAAAGAUUUCUCAAAUAAGUUUUUUUUAUGGUUUAACACUAGUCUAUGGUAUGACAAUUCCACGAUGUGUACAAGUUCCAAAAUUACACACCGACAGCAACAAAAGUAUCGAAAACUUAAAAUCAUUUAUUAUUAGCAACAUGAAAUGACAAACGUGAUCAAAUUUUCACAUAUGUCGCUUGUGACAAUAAUUUGUUCAUCCCAAUUUAUUAUAGUAACGGUCUUAGAUACAUGUACUAUUUUAAAUUGAAUUUUUUUUAUUAGUAUAAAAGAGAUUGGAUGUUAAAUUACUAAAAAAAAAAAAUAUGUCAGUGAAAAUCGCCAAGAUAUAAUGUAGUCUAAUGUUGGCAAUAUCAAAUGUUUUUUUUUGCGAUGCUAAACAAAUUAUAUGGCAUGCUUUGAAAAAUAAGUUGCCAAAUAUGGGACACCUGAGUUACAUAACUUAAAAUAUGCUUUGCACUUGCUUGACAAAAUGUUUUUAUAUCUUGAUAUAAAGCACAUCAUAGAUUAUACCUCAGCGAAAUAAAUAUUGGUGAUAAAGUCUACAAUAUCUAUCCAUGCUUUUCCGUCCGCCUGAACUUAGGGACUAUAAGAGUUAUAGCAAUCAAUUUGGUACGUAUGUGCUACUAGCAGUACACUUUUUUAUUUCCAUCCUACUUCUCCGCAAAUGGGCAAGCCAGUUUUAAAAUUCUUUUGCUGUGAAAAGUGUUGUCUUUGUUGAGCUAAAAUACGUACAUAGCUAGGUUAUAUUAAAAAAUUGCUAGAAAUAGUUAAGCACGAAAUUAAAAAUGUUAAAAAACAGCUAACAUUAUUUCCCAAGGUAAAUUAACAAUAUAUUACGUAAA